AUGAAUCAAAUAAGUGAUAUAAAUAUUCCACAACGUGUUGUAACUAGUAAAUGGAUAUAUAUUAUCUUUGGAAUACUUACUUUGUUCACAAUAACGACAAUUGUCCUUAGUGCAGUCAUUUUAGGUGUUGUUGUUAAUCGUUUAGAUUCGAAGAAUGAAACUUCUCUUAAUAAUAAUGGUCCAAUAUCAUUUGCAGAUCAAAUUAAAAUUGAUGAACUAAUGAAACAUUUACAACAGUUACAAAUUAUUGCUGAUCGAAGUAAUGGAACACGAGUAAUAGCAACUGCUGGUUUCAAUGAUACACUCGAUUAUAUCGUUAGUCAACUUGAACAAAAUACUAAUUUAAUUGUUAAACGUCAAUAUUUUACAGUUAGAAAUUUUAUUAUUCAAGGAACCCCACGAUUACAAACUCGUAUUAAUGGUAACAUUGUCGAUCGUGUUUAUAUAACAGAGUUUACUCAUAUUCUGUUCUCACAACGAGCUGAUUUUGACUCACAUGUUCGAGUGGUCGUUAUUCCAAAUCAAGGUUGUAACGAUGCUGACUGGAGUAGUGUAUCAGCAGCAGAUUCAGUAGCUUUAGUUAUACGAGGUGUUUGCACAGAUCCAGCAAAAUCUGCACUAGCUGAAAAAUAUCGAGUAAAAGGAUUACUCAUUUACAAUAAUGGAGCAACACUUGCUAAUUAUCCACCAGUACAAGGAGUAAGAAAUAAUCUGAAUACAACUAUCCCAGUAUUUUCUAUUUCCUAUACUCUUGGAAUGCAAUUAGUCAAUGGAUCGGCUGAUGCUGGUGUAAUGAUGAAUAUCGAUGUUAGUGAUGCAAAUGGUAUUGGAAACAUAUGUGCUGAUACACCAACAGGAGAUAAAACAAAAACAAUUGUAGUUGGAUCUCAUAGUGAUGGUGUAGCUGCAGGAAGUGGAAUUAAUGAUAAUGGUAGUGGUACAAUUGGUAAUUUAAUUUUAGCUCUUAAUUUAGCUCGUUUAUUUCAAACAUCUUCGGCGAGUUAUUCUACAUAUCCAUAUCGUGUUCGAUUUUGUUGGUGGGGUGCCGAAGAACAUGGUCUACUCGGUGCAAGAUAUCAUGUUGAGCAGGCUUUGUUACCUUCUACUAUUGAAAUAGGUGAACGUUUUCAAGAUUAUCUAUUAAAUUUAAAUUAUGAUAUGUUAGCUGGUCCUAAUUAUCGUUUUGGUAUUCAUGAUGAUAAAACAGUUCUACCAACAACACCUACACAAGCUCUUUAUGGUACGGGUCAAAUUACAAAUAUAUUUCGUCAAUGGUUUAAUGAACAAAACCUUCCUUGGAGCAAUUCAUCACUGGGUGGUGGUAGUGAUUAUAUUCCUUUUUUAGCUGCAGGUUUAGCAGUUGGUGGAGUAAACACAGGUGCUGGAGGUAGUAAACCGGCUAGUGAACGAGAUCAAUAUGCAGCAGUAUUAGGAAUAGGAAAUGGAGGUAUAGCUAAUGCUGCUUAUGAUCCAUGUUAUCAUCAACAAUGUGAUCGAAUUACAAAUAUUAAUCCAUUUGCAUAUGAAAAAGUUGUUAAAGCAGCUGCUUAUGCUAUUGAAUAUUUUGGACGAUUAAAUGAUUUAGAAAAAUGGCUUUAUCCACAAGGACGUAUGAAAAAUUAUGAAAACUUUAAUAGAGAUCGAAUAUAUGAUUUUGGUAAUGAUCCUGAUCUUAUCUAA